AUGUAUAAAAUUGUAUUUUAUACAUCAAUACUAGCAGAGGAAGGCAGGUUAUCUACUCCCUAUACACCUUUUUCUUUUUUUUUUACGUGCUUAAAGAAGAGAAGAAGAUUAAACACACAAAAGAACAAUUCUGUCAACGAUAACCAUUCAAAACCUCAGACGCAUUUGGUUUUAGGAAUGUGGCGUCAACCUCGUGUGUUCAUCCCACGGCGAUCUAUCACCACCUCCGCUGUCUUUCAAAGUCAGCGAUGCAUCGCGGAUAAGAUCCUCAUCGGCAGCUGCUCUUCCUUCCUUACCUCCUUCUCAACACUUGGGCUUUUUCACCUCCUCGUUGUUCCGCUAUCCUCAACAAUUGCUAUGGCGACUCUCGCUACCGCCACCGCGACGGGUGCGUUAUGUGUGAUUGACGGUGGAAGCCAAGACGGAACGACUUUCGGCGCGAUCGUUGGAAUUUUUAUCGGCGGCCUGGGCGGGUUCUACGCGAAAUCGAAGAACGAGCCAUGGAAGAAGUAACCCAACCAAAAAAAAAAGAAGGAUGAAGUAAAAGGAAUAGCUUGGCGAAUGUGUUGAAUAGGCUCAGAAUUUCACAAAAAAAAAAGGAAAAUUUGGGAUCUGUGUAACGGUGUAACUGUUUCCUUACUUUUUUAAAAGCUCAUAACAAAAAAAAAUUCCAUCUGGUAAUUCAGACCCAUUUUUUCCUCUCGUUUCCAUGAUCCGAAUGCUUGGUCCGAAUAAUACUGAACGUAUAUCACAUGUCAUGCACCUUUUUUAUAUUUUUUCCAAUACAUUCUAGGUGUUCACUUUUUAAUGAAAUAGAGUGAGUAAGUUAUGGGUUUAGGCGUAAUAAACCUCAGUAAUUCAGUAUUUGGUUUCACAGUGCGCGUUUACAAAG